CGAGUUGGUGUGUUUCCCUUUCAUUGCUGGAACCAGAUUUCCAGGAACUGUUUUCUCCCAUGGCCUUGAGCACCCAAAGAGCUUCUACAUCUCGUACUUCAGCUGAAUGGGCUCCUCCUCGAUGGAAGCAUGAUGUUUUUCUGAGUUUCAGGGGCGAAGACACUCGCAGGGGUUUUAUCUCUCAUUUAGACCGUGCCUUGGCGUACUGGCAAGCAAUGAGAACUUUCAAGGACGAUCGAGAACUUGAAGUAGGAGCAACUAUUUCUCUGGAGCUGUUGACCGCGAUCGAAGAAUCAUAUCUUGCCAUCAUUGUUCUGUCCCCAAAUUACGCUUCUUCCACUUGGUGCUUGGAUGAACUCUCAAAGAUUCUUGAAUGCAUGGAAGACACCAAGAGAAUUCUGCCAAUCUUUUAUGACGUGGAUCCUUCCGAUGUGCGAAACCAAAGGGGGAGUUUUGCGGAAGCUUUCACUAAGCAUGAAGAAAGGUUUAGUGGAGAUGCAGAGAAGCUGAAUCGGUGGAGAGCCGCUUUAAGAAAAGUUGCCAAUCUCACUGGCUUAGAUUCAAAAACUUAUAAGUCAGAAGCAGAGCUUAUCGAAGACAUUGUCAAACGUGUGUGGAAGAAAGUGAAUCCUACAUUCACGUUGUUAGAUUCUGAAGAGAAGUUAGUCGGAAUUGAUUUUGCACUUGAUCAACUACGCUUGCAUUUAGCUCCCGAAGAAAAGGAUGUCCGCUUUAUAGGGAUAUGGGGGAUGGGCGGGAUAGGCAAAACAACCCUUGCUAAAUUAGUUUAUCAGAAAAUUUCCCGUCAUUUCGAGCAUCGCUGUUUUCUACCUAAUGUGAGAAAGGGAGAGGUUUCUGGUCUAGGAAGACAGCUGCUUUCCUCAAUCUUAAAGGAAAAUUAUAUCCCAUGUUGGGAUGAAGGGGAGGGAACCUUUUUCAUUGACAGAUACUUACGGAAUAAGAAGGUUCUUCUCGUGCUUGAUGAUGUGGAUCAACUAAACCAACUAGAAAAACUGGUUGGAAAUAAAAAAUGGUUUGGUGUGGGGAGUAGAAUUAUCGUCACAACUAGAAAUGAACGCCUACUAGUUGAGCAUGGUAUAGAGAAACUGUAUAAAGUCAUUGUAUUAAAGGAUGAUAAAGCUCUUGAGCUCUUUUGUCGACAUGCCUUUAAGAAAGAUCAGCCUGAGGAAGGUUUUCAAGAACUGUCUCAGCAUUUCCUAUAUUAUGCCAACGGCCUUCCAUUAGCUCUUACAAUUUUAGGGCGUGCUUUGUAUGGGAGAGAACAAGAUGUGUGGAAGAGUGCGUUGUAUAAUCUAAACAAAAUUCCUGAUCCAGAUAUUUUUGAUUCGCUCAAAGUAAGCUAUAAUGGACUCAAAGAUAUGGAGAAGAAAAUUUUUCUGCAUGUUGCGUGUCUCCAUAGAUGGAGGGAUAAAGAGCAAGUAAUUGAAAUACUAGACUGUACCCUUGACAUUUCCAGUCAUAUUGAGAUAGAUAUUCUUAUUGAGAAAUCUCUCUUAACUAUUGAGAAACGCCACUUUCGUAGCAACAUUGUUGAGAUGCAUGAUUUGAUACAAGAAAUGGCAUGGAAAAUUGUUCGUGAAGAGUCUCCCGAGCCUGGUAAACGCAGUCUUUUGUGGCAUCACAGAGACAUUUCUCAUGUAUUCAUGUACAAUACGGGAACGGGAGCAAUUGAAGCCAUAGUCCUAUGUCUGCCCAAAUUAGAAGCAGUGCCUUGGAAUUGUACUGAAGUCUUCAAUGAGAUGCACGGGUUAAGGCUCCUUCACUUUGAUAAUGUGAUGUUUUCUUCAGGCCCUAAAUUUCUUCCAAAUUCCUUAAGAAUUAUCCGUUGGAGUUCGUAUCCUUCCAAAUCGCUCCCAUCAAGUUUUGAACCACAUUUACUUUCUAAACUAGAUAUGAGGAAUAGCAAACUUGUCCGGCUUUGGGAUGGAGCAAAGGAUUUUCCGAAUUUGAAAUAUAUGGAUCUUAGUGACUCUGAUAAAUUGACCAGUAUCCCAGAUUUCACACGCAUUCCAAAUCUCGAGGAAUUGAAUCUGUACGGUUGUAAGAAAUUAGGCGAGGUUCACCCGUCUAUUGCAAUUCACAAAAAGCUAAAGUUUUUAAGUUUUUCUGAAUGUGAAAGUAUUAAGAGUCUCCCAAGGGAGAUGGGGUGUUUAGAGGAGCUUAAUUUACGUCGAAGUGCUAUGAGAGAGCCGCUUGUUGCUAUGAAAAAUCUCAAAAUUCUAUCCCUUAAGGGAUCAGUUGCUUCAAGGGAUGGCAUUGGGUGGGGCAUUGACCGCAUAUUUGGAAUUAGAAAGAAUCCUGACCCUGAGCGUUGGGGUUUGGUGUUGUCUUCUCUAAAUCGUUUAGGGUCCUUGACGGAUUUAGAUCUGAGUGAUUGUAAUAUUGGUGAAGGAGCCAUUCCAGAUGAUAUUGGCUGCUUGUCUUCUUUAAAAGCGUUGGAUCUUAGUGGAAACAAUUUCGGGUGCAAAAGGCUUGAGCAAUUGCCAGAUCUUCCGCCAAAUAGAUUUUCCUCAUUACAUGUAAAUGUGGACGACUGUACUUCCUUAAAAAGGUUGUCAGAUCCAUCGAAGUUGAGCAAAGGAGCCAAUGUGUAUGAUUUUAGGUUUAGUUGUCUUAAUUGCUUCAGAUUGGUUGAAGAAGAAGGCUGGAUUAAUAGAAUAUUUGCAAUGGUAAUGAGAUUGGCCGCUAAGGAGGUAAGGUAUCCUGAUGAUCGUAUUGUAUGCCCUGGAAGUGAAAUUCCAGAUUGGUUCGAUAAUCAAAGUGUGGGAGAUUCAAUAAUUAUGGAGCCGCCCCUACCACCACAAACAUGUAGUGACUGGGUUGGGAUUGCUUUAUGUGUUGUUUUUGAAGAUUCUGCCCAUUUGAAACACUACAAUUAUUUCGAAAUUCGCUUUUCAUGGAAACCGUAUGAUGAUACUUUUGUAGUCGGGAAUACUUUUAGGUCACAACACCUUUUGGUUUUCUAUUUGCCUCGCAAUGAUCCCUAUCUCAGGGAUGCCUCAAGCAGUCAUCAGUUAUCAUUUGAAGGGCAUUAUUGGCCAAUCGAAUCUGCGAAAAAAGAACUGAAAACAAGCUCGAUUAUAAAGAAAUGUGGAGCCCGUUUGGUGUACAAGAGAGAUUUGGAAGAAUUCAGCCGAAUACUGAAAAUCCCGAUGCCAGCAGUAUAUGGAUACGAUGACGAGGCAGGCGCAAUUAAUAGUGGAAGUGGUAGCUCUGAUGAGGAAAACUAG